GCCCUCUUACGUCUUAACGUUGAAUCAUCCUCUCUCUCUCUCUCUCUCUCUCUCUCUCUUCUAUAUAUAUUGGCGCACACAGCUGUUCUUAUUGGUUCUUAUUAGUUUUAGCAGUUGCAGAGACAGAUAUAGGUCGAUUGGUUUAGAUAGACAUACAAAGGAGACGGGCCUAAUAUAUCUUAGAGAGUUUUGCCGAGUUUCUGUUAGCCCGGAGAAGAUGGAGAACGUGAAGAACAACAGCAGCAGCAGCAGCAGCCGCCAUAACAAGACGAGCGAAAAGAAAGAUGGGAUCGAGCAGAAGGGUUUUCCGGUGCAUAGCCAAGUCCGAAAGAUUAAGCAGGAAUCCGAGAAAAUCAUAGACUGGUCUCAGGAGCAGCCGGAGAUGAGACUGGUGCUCCGGGAGAUCCAACGGCAGCUUUCUCGCUCACCCUUGGGAUUAUCUUGCUGAACCUUUAUGGGUGAUUAUUCUUAGGAUAUUGAACUAAGGUGCUGAAAAGUGAAGAUGGGUUGUCUUUAUGCCAUCUCUGUAAACAGAGACACAGGGUUUCUCUGUUUUCUCUGUUCUUUUUCUCCCUUGUUUUCUCUGUUUUUUUUUUUUUUUCCCUGUUUCUAUUGUAUAUACCUUUUUCGAUAUACAUGACAUGGUAGUUUUUGUAAUAUAAACUGACUAGUCUUGAGCAUGAUGGAUUUCA